UUUCCGGCGUGGUCCUUCGCAACGUCUGGUUUAGCGAUGAGCAGUCGAACCUGAGCCGUUGAUUCUCGCCAGCUACUGAUAACGACCCACGGAGGACGGAGAGCGCAUCGCCCCAGAGGUUGCUAUUGUCUCACAAAGAGCAUUUUGGAGUUGUAUUGCGUCUCUUCGGUUGCCAGCGCUUGGAGAGCUUCUUCUCUUCGUCCAGCCAGACGGAGCAGAGUCUCGCGGCGAGGUGAGGCUCGUUCCCCCGCCCUGAUCUGCGCGCGCGUCUGGAGGACGGCGAACAUCGGGACCAGUAUCCGAGGAGUGUGCGUGUUCGGAUGUCGACCAGGCUCAGGACCAGCAGGACGGCCGUUGAUUAACGUGCGUGUUUUGACAUCAUUGUCCCCCAGAAGUCCCAGAACAUUCCCUUCCUCAGAUCACCUUGUCCCAUCUGUGAUUCCGAGGCCCCAGUCACCCCCCCCCCCCGACCCCCACAUCCCCUCGCCGCCCCCUCCAACCAUGGAGACCACCAAGCUUCCCCCGUCCAGCCCGUCCUCACCCACCAGCAGCUUCUCUGUGCCGUCAGCGGAGAAGGUGGACGGAUUCGUGCGACGCUCCAUCCGCAGGGCGCGCCGAAGGAGAUCCCCCAGCUCGUCAAACUUUCGUUACCAGAGUUCCGUGGUGGAGCUGACGCCCCUGCCCCUUCUCAAAGACGCCCCCGCCGCUGAAUUCCACGACCUCUUCUGCAAGAAGCUGCAGCAGUGCUGCGUGACCUUUGACUUCCUGGACUGCGUGGCCGACCUGAACGGGAAGGAGAUCAAGCGAGCGGCGCUCAACGAGCUGGUGGAGAACGUGGCCACCAGCAAAGGAGUCCUCAUCGAGCCGCUCUACCCGGAGGCCAUUAAGAUGAUCUCCGAGAAUAUCUUCCGCUGUCUCCCGCCGUGCGAGAAUCCCGAGUUCGACCCGGAAGAGGACGACCCCCCGCAGGAGGCUUCCUGGCCACAUCUUCAGCUGGUGUAUGAAUUCUUCCUGCGCUUCUUGGAAAGUCCCGAUUUCAAGCCCCCCGUGGCCAAGCGCUACGUGGACCAGAAAUUCGUAUUCCAGCUCCUAGAACUGUUUGAUAGCGAGGACCCCAGGGAGAGGGAGUACCUCAAGACGAUUUUACACCGCAUGUACGGAAAACUACUUGGCCUCCGAGCCUACAUCCGCAAGCAGAUAAAUCACAUCUUCCUCAGGUUCAUUUAUGAGAGUGAGCAAUUUAAUGGCGUCGCAGAGCUGCUGGAGAUCCUCGGCAGCAUCAUCAACGGCUUCGCUCAGCCCCUGAAGGCCGAACACAAGCAGUUCCUGGUGCGGGUUCUCAUCCCCCUGCACACGGCAAAGUCUCUGUCCGUCUUCCACGCGCCGCUGACCUACUGUAUUGUGCAGUUCAUUGAGAAAGACUCCACUUGCGCUGAGCAUAUCAUCCGAGGGAUGCUGAAAUACUGGCCCAAGACGUGCACGCGGAAGGAGGUGAUGUUCCUGGGCGAGAUGGAGCAGAUCCUGGACGCCAUCGAGCCGUCCCAGUUCGUCCGAGUCCAGGAGCCGCUCUUCAAGAAGAUCGCCGCCUGCGUCGCCAGUCCUCACUUCCAGGUGGUAGAGCGAGCUUGUUAUUUUUGGAACAACGAAUACAUCCUGAGCCUGAUCGAGGAGAACUGCCAAGUGAUCCUGCCGCUGGUGUUUGCCAACCUCUACACGUUCUCCAAGGAGCAAUGGAACCAGUCUCCCCCUAGUUCCAUCGUGGCUCUCGUCUUCGACAUCCUCGAGACCUUCAUGAAAAUGAACGGCGAGCUCUUCGAACAGCUCGCGACGUCCUACAAGGCGGCGAAACAGAAGGACGUGAGGCGGCAGAGGGAGCACGCCGAGCUCUGGCGGCGCCUGGAGGAACAGGCGGACCGCAAAAGUUACGAGGGAGGGGACCAGCCGAGCCCCGCGGCCGGCGAAGACCGGCCCGAGGCCGGGGAGAGCGCCACCUAGGCGGGCGUACGUAAGAAAAAGUCGCGAGGGCUCACCAAUCGAUAUUUUGUCGUUUCGUGUCAUGGAGGUGUGGUAGCUUCUUUUUGGUUUGAUUUAAAUUUUUCAAAGCGUACGCACUCCAAGGUCAAGAUUGUACCUUCGUUUUUUUUUUUUUAGGAGGAGUGGUGGGGGGUUGAGAGGGGGGGGGGGCUGAGACGCGCGUCAGGACUGGCUCUUUUUCCCCCCACUCGGUAAAUCAAAAAAUGGAUCCAAAAACACGCAGGCAGACAAUUUCCGGGCUCGUCUCUCUCUCUCCACACGACACUUGAACGUUCAAGUCGGUUCAAUCAAACGUGUGUCAAAAAAAAAAAAAGAAAGAAA